AUGGAGCCUGCCACCAAAGAGCUCGAGCCAGAGCCAAAGACAGCAGCUGUCGACGACGCUGAAAUUGGCCAUGGCCAUCUCGACGAGCUGGAAGUCGACCUGGCUACUGUUAUGGCCGACGACUCGGAGUUCACCUACGAGUCGAGUCGGUCCCCAUUCCCGGAAGUGAGGUCGGUCGUGCCGGAGGUCGAUGACCCUGACAUGCCGGUCAACACGUUGCGCAUGUGGUUUUUGGGUAUCGUCUUCACGAUUCUAGGGUCUGGCAUCAACCAGUUCUUUGCUCUGCGGUAUCCAUCCGUCCACAUCGUGGCUCUGGUGGCCGAAUUGCUCGCGUUUCCCUGCGGCGUGGCUCUCGCAAAGAUUAUCCCCGACUGGACGAUCAACAUGGGCCGUUUUGGCCAAUGGUCUAUCAAUCCAGACAAAAAAUUCAACAUCAAGGAACACACGCUGAUCGUAAUCAUGAGCAAUGUGUCGUUUGGGUUCUUCAGUGCCGAUGCCACCAACAUCUUGCAGGCAGCAUCGUCCAAAUUCUACGACUUUGGUCUGAAAACGGGGUUUUCCGUUAUGGUGGUGCUGUGCGCUCAGCUGCUGGGUUUUGGGGUUGCUGGCUUGUCGGCGCCCUGGAUCGUUGAGCCUGCGAGUAUCCUCUGGCCUGGUGUGCUGUCCAACUGUGCGCUUUUGGAGAGUCUUCACUCGCGCGCAAAUGCCAUGGCCAAUGGAUGGAAGAUUUCGCGUUUGCGGUUUUUCAUGUUCGUCAUGGCAGGUGCAUUUGCUUGGUACUGGUUCCCCGGUCUGAUUUUCACCGCGUUGAGCUACUUUACUUGGGUUUGCUGGAUUGCGCCAAAUAACAAGAUUGUCAAUCACCUGUUCGGCAUGCAGACCGGGCUGGGCUUGAGUCCGAUUACUUUCGACUGGAGUCAGAUUGCGUACAAUACGAAUCCGCUAUUGUCUCCCUCAUGGGCAGCGCUUAACGUGUUUGGCGGGUUUGUGGCUGCUUUUUGGAUUAUCGUCCCCAUUCUCUACUACACCAAUACCUGGUAUACUGCCUAUCUGCCACUGAUGACAGCCGAUGUUUAUGACCGGUUUGGGGAGGUGUACAACACCACCCGCGUAGUGGGAGCAGAUAAUCUGUUGGAUGUUGAGAGUUACAAAAACUACUCCCCGCCUUAUCUCCCCGCGACGUUUGCGUUUGUCUACGCGCUUUCGUUUGCCUCCAUCACUGCAGUGCUGACGCACACGUUUCUGUGGCAUUGGGACGACCUCGUGGCAGCUCUCCGCGGCACGACCAGACUGGACAUCCACGCUCGGCUUAUGCGAGCUUACAAAAAGACGCCCUGGUACUGGUAUGCAACCGUCAUUGUGAUUAUCAUGGCAAUGGCCAUCGCCAUGGUCGAAGUCUACGACACCAAACUACCAGUCUACGGAGUCUUCCUCGCAUUCAUCAUCCCCGCAAUCUACAUGAUUCCCUGCGGCAUUAUUCAGGGAAUCACCAACGUGGACGCGAACCAGAUCAACGUGCUAAGCGAGUUUAUUGGAGGUUACAUGUUUGAAGGCAAACCCAUGGCCAACAUGUGCUUUAAGAUCUUGUCGACGGACGUCGUCGGCCAGGGCAUCUACUUUGCUAUGGACAUGAAACUGGGCCACUACAUGAAAAUCCCACCGCGCACGCUAUUCUUUGCCCAGGGGUUGGCAACCAUUCUCGGCGCACUUACGCAGGUUGGUGUCACGCUGUGGAUGCUGGGACACAUUGAUGAUAUCUGCGGUUCGGAUCAGUCCGACGGCUUCAGCUGUCCCAAUGGCCGUACUGUCUACAGUAGCAGCGUCAUUUGGGGUCUUGUCGGCCCCGGACGACUGUACUCGGCGGGCAAAAUUUAUGCGUCACUUAAUCAUUUCUUCUGGAUUGGUGCGAUUACGCCGGUGAUUACGUGGAUGAUGUGGAAGUACACCAAGCAGGAUUUCUGGAAAAAGGUCAACUGGCCGUUGAUCUGGGUUGGCACGUGGAACGUUCCUCCUGCAACCGGAAUCAACUAUUCUAGCUGGGCCAUUGUCAACUUCAUCUUCAACCACAUCAUCAAAGCCAAGUUCUUCGCCUGGUGGACCAAAUACAACUACGUACUGGCAGCUGCGCUCGACACGGGCAUUGCUAUCAGCGGUAUAAUCAUCUUCUUUUGCGUGUCGUAUCCUGGCGCUGUGUUUCCGGACUGGUGGGGGAAUACGGUGUAUGUGAAUACGGCUGAUGGACAAGGGGUGCCAUGGCUGGAUUUGCCCACGAAGGGAUAUUUUGGGCCAGCGAAUGGGACGUGGUCAUAG